GAUGUAAAUGGUUAGUUUGCAAAUGUAUUUAGUAUAAAGUUGACUGACUUUUUAGUUCUUCUUCAUUUACUCUUGCAGUAACAAAGCCAUAUUUGGUUAAAAUGCACGACGAGUACAAUUUCUACACAAAGGAACAAAAGUUAAGAACAGAAGUGGUUAAUAGAUUAACACCAAAACCAACAGUUGAACCUGUUCAAUUGAAUUCUAGCACAGAAGAUUAUGAUGACAGUGAGGUUGUUGGAUGUGGUAGAGUAGAUACAAGGAACAUUUAUGUGCCAUUAGUCCUUGAAGGGCAGACUAUAGAAAGAGGACAAUGGCCAUGGUUAGUUUCUAUCUAUUCCUACUCAAAAUCGAAAUUAGGAUUCCGAUGUGGAGCUACACUCAUCUCUAAUAAAUUAGUUGUAACGGCUGCUCAUUGCUUCUUUGAUGUUUACAAUCGAAAAAUCAAUUCAGAUGAUGUCCUCAUCAUUCUUGGACAGUAUAACCUAAAAAGACCACAAGAUCAAGGCAGCGAAAUUGUUUAUCCCGAAAGUGUGAAUAUUCACCCAACAUAUCGGAAACUAACAAAAAUUGAUUCAGAUAUUGCGGUUGUUGUUCUGGCCGAAAGAGUUCGCUUCACUCACUACAUCCGUCCUGCAUGCCUGUGGAAGGGUCCGGAUACUAAAGACAGCAUUGUUGGGAAGAGAGGAUACAUUGCUGGGUGGGGACGUGAUGAAUAUGGAAAUUUCUUUUCGGAAUUACCCAAACAAAGUGAAAUUCCCGUAGUUUCCGAUGAAACAUGUCUACGAUCCCAUGAAGUUUUCGUCAGAAUUACAUCUUCAGUAACAUUCUGCGCAGGAUGGCGCAAUGGAACUGAAGGUCCUUGCAAUGGUGACUCAGGAGGGCCAUUUGUUUUUAAAAAGGAUGAUCGUUGGACUCUGAGAGGUGUUGUUUCAACAUCCCUGCUCACUGAUGGCAGCAAUACCUGCAAUCUCAAUGAAUACGUCGUCUUUACGGAUGUGGCUCAAUUUACAGACUGGAUUACUUCUUUUGAUACUGAUUAUACAUAUUAAUUAUAUGAUAUAAUAAAAUCUAUUUCGAAUUUUUUUUUCAUUUCGUAAAAUCCUUGAGUUUUAGCUGUGAUU